AUGGCGCCUCACGCCGAGGUCGACUCGGCCUCCUCAAACGGGGAUGGACAUACCAACGGCCACCACCAGGCCACACCUUCUGCUCACGAGGACCUGUUCCAAGUAGAGUCGCCCAACGUCGUCUAUACCGACUCUGAGAUCCGGUCAAAGUACACAUACCGCACCACUAGUGUCACCAAGAAUGCCAGCGGCAAGUUCGUGGCCACUCCCAAAGAGACGGUCUACGACUUCAAGGUAGACCGCAAAGUCCCCAAGGUCGGAAUGAUGCUUGUUGGACUGGGUGGUAACAAUGGAACUACUGUGACCGCUGGUAUCCUUGCCAACCGCCGAGGUCUAGUCUGGGAGACACGUGAAGGACCCCGAGCUGCCAACUAUUAUGGUUCAGUGAUCAUGGGGUCUACUAUGAAGCUUGGUACAGAAGCAGAAACCAUGAAGGACGUGAACAUCCCUUUCCACGAUGUUCUGCCCAUGGUACACCCGAAUGACCUUGUUGUGGGAGGAUGGGAUAUCUCUGGCAUGAACCUUGCUGAGGCCAUGGACAGGGCUGCAGUCCUGGAGCCCACUUUGAAGGCCCAAGUCAAGAAAGAGAUGGCUCAGAUGGUCCCGCUUCCUUCCAUCUAUUAUCCUGACUUCAUCGCUGCCAAUCAAGAGGACAGGGCCGACAAUGUCAUCGAGGGAAGCAAAGCUUGCACUGCGCAUGUAGAAAAGCUCCGUAGCGACAUCAAAGACUUCAAGGCAAAGAAUGCCCUUGACAAGGUUGUCGUUCUGUGGACUGCGAACACCGAGAGAUACGCCGACAUUAUCCCCGGCAUCAACGACACAGCUGACAACCUCCUCAAGGCUAUCGAAGAUGGACACGAGGAAGUUUCUCCUUCAACGGUUUUUGCAGUCGCUUGUAUCCUGGAAGGCGCACCUUUCAUCAAUGGUUCACCCCAGAAUACUUUCGUGCCUGGCGCGAUCCAGCUUGCCGAGAGACACAACGCUUUCAUCGGUGGUGACGACUUCAAGUCUGGCCAGACCAAGAUGAAGUCGGCUCUGGUGGACUUCCUGAUCAAUGCUGGUAUCAAGCUGACCUCGAUCGCUUCAUACAACCACCUUGGCAACAAUGACGGCAAGAACCUCAGUUCUCAGAAGCAGUUUAGAUCCAAGGAGAUUUCAAAGUCCAAUGUCGUGGACGGUAUGGUUGAGGCUAAUACGGUCCUGUACAAGAAGGGCGAACACCCCGAUCACACCGUUGUCAUCAAGUACAUGCCUGCUGUUGGCGACAACAAGCGUGCCUUGGACGAGUACUAUGCGGAGAUUUUCCUUGGCGGCCACCAGACGAUCUCGAUCUUCAACGUCUGCGAGGACUCUCUACUUGCUUCGCCGCUGAUCAUCGACUUGGUUGUCGUAGCUGAGAUGAUGACUCGUAUCCAGUGGAAGGCAAGCUCCCGCAAUGGUGCCGAGACGAACGAGUACAGAGGCUUCCACAGUGUGCUGAGCAUCCUGAGCUACAUGCUCAAGGCGCCACUGACACCCCCUGGUACUCCCGUCAUCAAUGCUCUUGCUAAACAGCGUGGCGCUCUCACCAAUAUCUUCAGAGCUUGCGUGGGCCUUGAGCCGGAGUCUGAUAUGACGCUCGAGCACAAGCUGUUUUAA